AAUUCAGUUCCCAAAAGGAUUCAUAAGCGUGUUUAUUUUUCAAUGUUCUGACUAUAGCAAUGGGACACAAUGUUUCCUGCCCCUGUGUCUGAAAUAUCUCUGUGUAAGGACUUUGGAGAACAAUAUAAAGCAGAUAUUACAUUAAGGGAAAACAGAAUUUAUUAUUCCCUUCGGUAAGAAAAGAAGAAAAUAUCCUGGAUUGAAUUAUAUAUUCCUGUUAUUCCGGAGAAAGAUGCUGAUUUUCAGUCUGGCUCUCCUGUUCCUGUUAUCUACUGAAGGCCAAUGUGCUACUUGUGACCGCAGCUCAUGGCUCCAGUUGAAGCAAAAUAUCCUAGAACUCUUUUCAUGUUGGGAGGGUGACAGGACAGAUUUGCACCCACUACCUCCUACCAAUAUAUAUGACUACAAGUACAGGAGCUGCAAGGAAAUCCGUCAGGCUGACAGCAAUGCAAAAGAUGGAAUUUAUACUCUAUCUACUGAACAUGGGAUUUCCUACCAAACCUUCUGCGACAUGACGACAGAUGGGGGAGGCUGGACAUUAGUAGCGAGUAUCCAUGAGAACAACAUCAAUGGAAAGUGCACAAUAGGAGAUCGCUGGUCCAGCCAACAAGGGAACUAUGAAAAUAAUCCUGAAGGAGAUGGAAACUGGGCAAACUAUGCCACAUUUGGGUUACCUGAUGGAGCCACCAGUGACGACUACAAGAAUCCCGGUUAUUAUGACAUCCCAGCUGAUAAUGUGGGUUUAUGGCACGUGCCGAACAAGAGCCCCCUCUUCCAGUGGAAGAGCAGUUCUCUUCUCCGAUAUCGGACACAGAACGGUUUCCUUUCUACCUAUGGAGGAAACCUCUUCCAUCUAUAUAAGAAAUAUCCUGUGAAGUAUAAUAUUGGAAAAUGUCCUACAGACAAUGGACCUGCUGUCCCAGUAGUUUAUGACCAAGGAAAUGCAGAGAAGACAACCAAACUCUUUGGACCAAAUGGGAAAAACGCAUUCACUGCUGGCUUUAUCCAGUUCCGAGUGAUCAACAAUGAAAAAGCAUCAAUCGCUCUAUGUCCUGGGAUAAAAGCGACAGAUGGCUGCAACACAGAACAUUACUGCAUUGGUGGAGGAGGCUACUUUCCUGAGGGGAACCCAAGACAGUGCGGAGACUUCACAUCCUUAGACUGGGAUGGAGUGGGUACACACACUGGAUGGAGCGCUAGCAAGGAUCUUAUCGAGGCUGCUGUACUUAUCUUCUACCGCUGAUCUCCCGUCGUUCUGACAUUGAAAUAAAUACAGAAACAUUUUGAAGGGCAGAGAGCUAAAGAACCACUAGCCCACAAAGUAGGACAUAUCUAAUAUAAAAUGUAGACAAAUGCCAUUAUUAAUGCCUGUUGCUGCAGGUAGCUACUACAGUUUUGUAUCUUACAUGUUAAUUGCAAGGCUCAUAGUAAUAGAGUUUAUAUGGUAUAUGAUUGUAAGGGUUGGUAUUAAUAUCCCGCCAUACCGGCAGCCAGAAUCCAGACGGAGAAUAGUGAGUAUUUUAACCCUACCCCUACACCUGUCCCCUCCCUCAGUCUUACCCUAACCAGCCCCCUAGUGCCCAAACCUUACCCUAACCCCAGUACUCACUGUACUAUUGGGAUCCAUCUGCAUUCUGACCGAUGGGAUAGUGUCUGCUGGGAUAUUAACUACAUCCUGAUUCUAAUUAGUAGGUUUAGACCGGGAACGUUGGACACAGAUAAUGAUCAUUGUAGCAUAUUAUAUUGGAACUGAUAACUCUUAUUAUAUUUGUAUUAAAUAGCGCAGUGAAAAACAAAAA